AUACAUAAAAUUUUCGUACAAGCCCCGAAAAAAAUGUACUUUCAUUGAAGUCACUCUCGCCUUUUGGUGGCAUGGAAAGGACUAUAAAUUACGAGUGUUUAACUAUUUAUUGGUUGGAAACAUAGGAAGGAAAGGAAGGAAGGGAUAGAGAUUCAGAAAUCAAGAGCGCAGUAGCUCGCAGGCAAAGUAAAGCUGGAGGAGCCGUUAGACACAGCACGCGUUCAGAGAUAGUCAGGUGGCUAUAGAAGAAAUUGCCAAAUCCUCAAUCUUCGCACAGCACGUCUGUGUUUGAUUGGAGUCGCUCUCUAAAAGUAAGUAAUUCGCCAGUAUCAUCGAACACCCAUAUCUACGAGCGCCUAUAAAUAGCGAGAAAUGAUGCGGAAAUUCGUCAGCGACAGAGCCGGUCGGAACAUUAUCCUCGUACGUUCCUUUCACCAUCUGAAACAGCUGCUGCAGCGUCCUCUCUCGGCGACCCAGUCACGAUUCCUGUCUUCUACUGUUCUCGAUUCCACUUCUUCUAUGGCUUCCUCGAAUUCCUCUGCUCCUCCUGUCAACCUUGAUACCAUUAACCCCAAGGUUCUCAAAUGUGAGUAUGCUGUCCGUGGUGAGAUUGUCACCCUUGCUCAGACGCUACAACAAGAGUUACAGAGUAAACCAGGCUCACAUCCCUUUGAUGAGAUACUUUACUGCAACAUAGGAAAUCCUCAAUCUCUUGGUCAGGAGCCAAUAACUUUUUUCAGAGAGGUUCUUUCCUUGUGCGACCAUCCUGCUAUUUUGGACAGAAGUGAAACGCAGGGUCUGUUCAGUGCAGAUGCUGUAGAGCGUGCUUGGCAGAUUCUGGAUCAAAUACCAGGAAGGGCAACUGGUGCUUAUAGUCACAGUCAGGGUAUUAAGGGAUUACGUGAUACAAUUGCUGCUGGUAUUGAAGCUCGUGAUGGUUUUCCUGCUGAUCCAAAUGAUAUUUUCUUGACAGACGGUGCAAGCCCAGCGGUCCACGCAAUGAUGCAAUUACUAAUAAGAUCCGAAAAGGAUGGCAUUCUCUGUCCCAUUCCUCAGUACCCUUUGUACUCUGCUUCAAUUGCUCUCCAUGGUGGCACACUGGUUCCUUACUAUCUUGACGAAGCAACAGGAUGGGGACUUGAAGUAUCUGAGCUUGAGAAGCAAUUGGACAAUGCCAAGUCCAAGGGUGUCAUAGUUAGGGCCUUGGUUGUUAUAAAUCCAGGCAAUCCAACAGGGCAGGUUCUUGCCGAGGAGAACCAGCGGGGCAUUGUGGAGUUCUGCAAGAAAGCAGGGCUUGUUCUACUGGCAGAUGAGGUAUAUCAGGAAAACGUUUACGUUCCUGAGAAGACAUUCCACUCGUUCAAGAAGAUUUCUCGGUCUAUGGGGUAUGGUGAAGAGGAUCUUUCCCUAGUAUCUUUCCAGUCAGUCUCUAAAGGCUUCUAUGGGGAGUGUGGAAAAAGAGGAGGUUACAUGGAGGUCACUGGAUUCAAUGCUGACGUACGGGAACAAAUAUACAAAAUGGCAUCUGUAAAUCUUUGUUCUAAUAUCUCUGGUCAAAUUCUUGCAAGCCUUGUCAUGAGCCCUCCCAAGGUAGGCGAUGAGUCAUAUGAAUCGUUCAGUGCAGAGAAAGAAGGAAUUCUGGCAUCAUUGGCAAGGCGUGCAAAGGCACUAGAAGAUGCAUUUAACAAUCUAGAAGGAGUAUCAUGCAACAAAGCAGAAGGGGCAAUGUAUCUCUUUCCCCGUAUUUACCUGCCUCAAAAGGCCAUUAAAGCAGCAGAGGCUGUUGAUAUAGCCCCGGAUGCAUUCUAUUGUCGCCGCCUUCUUAAUGCCACAGGAAUUGUUGUUGUUCCUGGUUCUGGCUUUGGACAGGUACCUGGCACCUGGCAUUUUAGGUGCACAAUACUCCCUCAAGAGGAUAAGAUUCCUGCCAUCGUCUCUCGUCUGACAGACUUCCAUCAAGGAUUCAUGGAUGAGUUUCGUGACUGAAGGAUUUUGCAUGGCUUUUUAGAAAGUUCACAAUAAGGUGUACCCAUUUUGAUAGUACGCGGAAAUGUUGCAAUACAUUUUAUUCCUUUGUUUCAAGAAGAGGAUCCUUUGAUCA